AUGUUCUUGCCAGGCAAUUUGUCCAUUUGUUUGAUGGGCUCGCAGAGUCAUUUGACCUCAAGGCCCAACUAUAGACUCUUUGUUCGCAUCGGUGAUGUGAGCCAAGGUCGAAUGGUCGUUGCCGGGGGGUCAAAGGACAUCCAAUGGCCGGAUGUGGUUCUGACCUUGGAGCCGCCUUCCUCGCCCGAGCCUCCUGCCUCGGACUCGAUCAGAGAGCUGCUGCGACGUGUGGAGGAAGCGAUCGGCGUGUCCAGGUACCGCAUGAGGUUGCUGCGCCCUGGGAUCACCGAGUACCGCGAGGACGUCGUGUUGUGCAAUGAAGAGCCAUGGACUCUGGCGCCCGCGGAUCUUCAGCUGAUUGUCUUGCCCUACGCGCGACCCACGGACGAGCAGCAGCUGCAGCUGCGGCGGGCCGUGGAGGAGGGCCUCGACAUGGAGCUGGAGGAACUUCUGGAGGUACCCAUUCACCCAGACUACGAGAUGGAAGACAAGUACAAGCCCUUGUGGAUCUCUUGUGCUGAAGGCCACUACGACUGUGCCCAAGUGCUCCUGGAGGCCAAAGCGAACAUCAACAAGGCCUGUGACCUCGGGCAUUCACCUCUGUGGGUGGCCUGUGAACGGGGUCACAUGGACGUGGCACGCUUGCUGCUGGACCACGGGGCCGACAAAGAUCAGAGGAAUAUCUAUGGCAAGUCACCCUUGUGGCAUGCCUGCGUCAGUGGAAACUGCAGGGUUGCUGAACUUCUUUUGCAGGCUGCUGCUGAUCUGGAGCAACGUGAUCAAGGCCGUUCGCAUUUGAGAGCUGCCUGUGACUUUGGGCACGUUCAGGUGGCCAGGUUGCUCUUGGAGGCCGGUGCUCGGGUGGAAGAGGAGUUGAGGUCUCAACAGCGCCCGCUGCUCCCACGGUACCACCACGGUUCCAUGACGUGCUUUUCACGCACCAAGGGAGUUGAAGAGAAAAAGGGGCAGCGGCUCGUGAGCGGCAGUUGCGGCAGCGUGGGGUGA